UUCCGCUGUCAGGAUUCCAGCGAAGAAGAAACUAUCUCCCAUCUAAUUCCCGUCGGACAGUAAAAUCUCGUCUUUUCUGUUUUAACAAAAUCAUUUUUGGACCCGCUCUCCAGUGUUGGGACGAUGGGCACCAGAGAUGAUGAAUACGACUAUUUAUUCAAAGUGGUCCUCAUCGGUGAUUCGGGUGUAGGAAAGAGUAACCUGCUGUCUCGCUUCACUCGUAACGAGUUCAACCUGGAGAGUAAGAGCACCAUCGGGGUGGAGUUCGCCACGCGUAGCAUCCAGGUGGACGGCAAGACGGUGAAGGCUCAGAUUUGGGACACAGCUGGACAAGAACGUUACCGGGCCAUCACAUCAGCGUAUUACCGAGGGGCGGUGGGCGCUCUCCUGGUCUACGACAUCGCCAAACACCUAACCUACGAGAACGUGGAGCGCUGGCUAAAGGAGCUGAGAGAUCACGCCGACAGUAACAUCGUCAUCAUGCUGGUCGGCAACAAGAGCGACCUGCGCCACCUGAGGGCCGUUCCCACCGACGAGGCCCGAGCGUUCGCUGAGAAAAAUGGUUUAUCCUUCCUGGAGACGUCGGCUCUCGACUCCACCAACGUAGAGACGGCCUUCCAGACCAUUCUGACAGAGAUUUACCGCAUUGUGUCCCAGAAGCAGAUGUCUGAGCGCCAGGAGAGCGACAUGUCGCCUAGCAACAACGUGGUCAACAUCCAGGUGCAGCCCACUGAAAACAAACCAAAGAUGCAGUGCUGUCAGAACAUCUAGCGCCGCCGUGGACCUGCUGCUACCCCCGCCCCAUCCCCAGAGAACAGACUGCUUCGGUAUGGAAACAUCAAACCGCAGAGUCAAACCUGCAACCUGAACUCUACCUGCCCCACCUUAGUUAACCACCCACCCCCAUUGUAAGACUAAGUGCCCCCCCCCCAGCAAAGCCCCAUGUCUUUAGGCUACUGCAGGACAGCAGGCGUUUCCUCCCUCGUUAGAUCUCCUUCCUGUAGAAGCGCUGACUCGUCUCAGAAACGUCUGAAUGUGAUUAGCUCCCCUCCUUCAUUCCUCCACUUUUUUAAUGACUCGUCUCGUAUCUUCUUACUAUAUAUAAAUAUAUAAAUCUGAAGCACAUCGAAUUCGCUCUGAAGCAUAGUCCUCUGUCCACUCGUCUCCUGUCAUUAUAGCCCCGCCCCCUCCUAUAGUGCAAUGUACUGUCUGGAAACCACGUGGAUGUAUCGAGCGCACGAGCGCCGUUCGAUCUGAUGUCUGUGAUUCUGUUCGCUUUGGGCGUGACUCGGUUUUAUCAUCACCUCUGCAUCAGGUGUCUACGGAGGCCUGAAAUGGACAAAAAUCAAUAAAAAAUACAUUUAAAAGGCUCAAAACAGUAUUAAUGUUUAUCGAUGCUUCUGUAUGAAUUUAAACUUCAUUCUGUUAUCAGUGUAUUUAGAGCUCUUAUUUGUUUCCGUAUUUUGUUUUUAAUUUACCUUUUAAGUAAAUUAUUGCACUUUUGAAAAUCUGAUGUUUUCUUUCAUUUUCUCCUAUCUUUUAUAUUUUCAUGAGCUUAAAUAUGACGAGGCCUGUUGGCCGUUCUGGUGUCAGAACUACAGCUGAUUUGGAGCUUUUGUGUUAUUUUAGCUCAAGGCAGCUAGCCUUGUAGCUUAGAGGCUAAACAGGAAGUGUUUCUGUCCUUUUCUGGCUCCGUUUCAGGAUCUCUGUUCGUCAGGAGAUCUGAGCCAGCUCUGAGGAACAGACUCCGUCACAAAAGGAAAUGGGAAUAAAAUUAAAGCAGAAAUCAGAACAAAUAAACACAAAAUAUAAAGAUAAAUAAGAUAAAUAAUUAAACACAUCUGAUGAAAAUAAAACAAUUUUUAAAAUCGGACAGUUUUUGGGCCGUUUUUGAAUAUGUAUAUUUUUGUCCUUUUCGGCUGUCCAUACACCGCUUCUCAUGCAGUGACCAUCGCUCUGCUGCACUGCAUGCUGGGAAACGACAUGGAUCUGGGUCAAGGGCAGGACUCCUGAACGUUCCGGUUCCGAUGCCUGUGCUGAGAUGUGAUGAAACCCAAACAAAAGCGAUUUAAUUUUCACAGAUCUAAAGCAGACCUGAUUGGGUUUCUGAUCCCACCCUAAACAGAACAGGUGAAUCCCUUCAUGACAUUCCUCUGACCCACAGAACCGCUGGCUUGCAAAGAUAAAGACUGACCCACGCGGAGGUCCGAUUCCUGCACUAAACAUCUGUAACUUUGUUCUGGUCAAAGAUUAGAUUUUUUAGCAGAACCAGAACCACUGUUUUAGAACCAGACUAGAGGAAUCGGUCGAGCUGAUUCGCAGUACCUCCUGCUGCUUGGCCGCCAUCGACCCACAUGUUCUGAUCCGACCCGAUCCUCGUGUGCCGUCACAUAAAGCCUACAUACACCGAGCUGCCUCUGACUUCCACACAGCGCACGGCUCCACCUCAUAUCGCCUUACAUAGUCAUUCAGUCAUCAAGUAGUCAGAACCGUGCACGGUCCAACCCGACCCGGUUCGGUCCGGUCUGUAAACCGAUGCCUCGCUAAUGUCUCAAACCCCUGAGUGUUUGUGUUUAGUUACAGAGGGUAGCUCUGGAGUUUGUGAGCCUGGCUGGUUGUUUGGACCCGCAGCACCGCCAGCCUGACCUCUCCAGAACCAGCAGCUGGUUGACAGAGAAUGAGUUCUGAUCCAGAUCAGUUGAUUCCAUUGUUGUUUUUUAAAGAAGUGUUUUGAUUUUUAUCUGGUUGAUUCUGUAACUGACUGUAAUGAAAUGAUGUCAUUUCACCUAGUUGGAGGUUAAUGUGAGAACGGGUCCAAAUGGGUCCAAACCAACGCUUUUAUGUUUGUACAGAUCGAUGAAUUGUACAAUGUGUCAAUAACUUAAGUUAUCAGUUUAUCUUAAUAAAGCUCACCAGUCAUAAACCA